GCGAUCCAAAUAAAAGUUUAGUAGGCGCUACGUAAACAAACUUUGCGGUUGGUUGGUCUGCAUCUGGGGUGUCCAGAACGACCAGUUUUGUCGGUGGGUACUAAGAUGAACUUGGAAAUCAAACAGCUAGUUAUCAGCAACGAUUAAGCACUAGCGAUCAAGGUGCUUCUGGGGCUAAAAUAAACUCCAUUUAUCGGUGUACAUCAGUGAUUGACAAGGAGUGCACAAAAUGACGCCCAAUGUUAAGGACGGUGGGGCCUGGAAAGUAUCGGGAAUAUCGAGGAAUUAUCCGAGUUAUCGCAAGCAUCUUCCGAUUACCAGUGAAAGCUGGCUGGAGGGAAAAAGUGUGGAUGACGAGGCCGAAGGUCUUUGGCGCAUAAACAACAAGCUCUACGACUUAAGCGAGUUUGCAGCUCGCCAUCCGGGUGGUUCUUCUUGGAUUGAGUGCACCAAAGGCACGGAUAUCACCGAGCCCUUCGAGUCACAUCACAUCGAGGAGCGAGCUCGGGAAAUGCUGAGCAAAUUCGAAGUGCGACAGGCUGCGAGGCCCAGGAACUACAAGUUUACACUGAAAGAAAAUGGUUUCUACAUGACACUGAAGCGGCGAGUGCGUGAAAAGUUACGGAAGAUCGAUUACUCCCCCACUAAGAAAACAGAGUUUCUCCAUCUUGGUAUCUUGGCGUCCGUCUUCCUCUUUAGUUGGGCAGGCACAGCUCUGGACUCAUGGAUCUUGAAGGGCUUAGCUGGAUUGGCCCUUUGCUGGGUGGCCACCUCGACCCACAAUUAUUUCCAUCAACGGGACAGUUGGCGCAUGUACACUUUUAACCUGACCAUGAUGAACUUCCGGAACUGGCGAAUUUCUCACGCCCUAUCACACCAUGUUUACGCUAAUUCUCUACAUGACCUGGAGAUGUCCAUGUUUGAGCCGUUCCUUUGCUGGAUUCCGGAUCGUCAUUAUGCCAGUAAAACACAGCGAUUGAUCUCCGUGCUCAUCAGUCCGGUGGUAUACGUAGUCCUGUUUCAAGAACAGUUUCUCAUACGUUUGGUCCUCUCCCUGACUAAAAGAAACGUUCUGCACUGGGAUGAUCUCAUUGGAUUCAGUCUGCCCACCUUUAUAUAUUUAUCCACUGGUGUUGACCUGCUGAGUGCACUUAUCAGCUGGCAAAUAAUUAUAGCGGUUGGGAGCUUCAUCUUCGGAUUUAUUGGUCUCACUGCUGCCCAUCAUGAUCCUCGCAUUCUGCACGAUGGGGAUGCCCAACGAGAGGACUUCGAUUGGGGUCUUUAUCAGAUGGACACGAUCAUCGAUCGCGGAGACAUCAAGUGGUCGGAUCUCCUGGUGCUCACCCACUUUGGGGAGCACGCUCUGCAUCACCUAUUUCCCACACUGGACCAUGGAGUGCUAAAGCAUCUGUAUCCUGAGCUGAGAAAAACAUUGAAGGAGUUCGACGUGGAACUGCGUGAGAUCAAUCACUGGAGUCACAUCAAGGGUCAAAAUCAGCAAUUGCUUAGAAUAGCAAAGAAUCCACUUCCACCGGGUAGUAAAAAGCUAAAGUAGGCGGGGCUAUAAUGAUAACUAGGGAGGGAAAUGGCUUAAACAUUUUAUAAUACCAAAUAAUUAUGUCUUAUAUUGGCCAAAGUCUAGAUAUACAAAGAUAGGUAUAUUAAAUAAAAUGUGGUUAAACAGAAGUUGAUUUUCUCUUAUAAACAACUUGUUUACCUGUCAAAACAAUACAUGCUCUUAUCAAAAAAAAACUUGGUUAAGAGCACUUUACUCAUUUUCGCUUUUAAGUCGUUUGUUACGCAUAAUUACAAUUAUAUUUAUGGUUGGGUUUAUGAUCUGCUUUAUAGACCAUUAACCACGUUUGAUAUUUUCAUAUUUUAUAAGGUGAGAGAUCAGUAAGUAGGUGUUAUGAAAAUGUAACUAUUUUAUUUGUGAUAGUAAAAUUAGUUAUGUAAAACAUUGUUCGCAUCUUAAAAAAUGUAAAUGUAAUACAACUCUCUUUUGGUGAAAUGUAAAAAUAAUUUUGUUUUAAUCCGUAUUUGAAUACUUUUGGCGCCCAAAUUAAAUAAGCAAAGAGAGGGGUUAGAUAUUUAAGAGCAGGUAAAUAUGAGUACCAAGAGAAUAAAUUGACAAUGUCUACCAUUAAA